UGGAAUACACAAUUAAAAGAAGUAGUAAAGCAGCUUGACCUAUUACAGAACCAUGGUUCGACUAACAAUGGACCUGAUUGCUAAAAAUGCCAAUCACAAGAAUCGUAGUGAAGAGGACUUUGGACAAUAUCUGCAAAAAAUAACUCAUCUGAAUUUGUCAGAUAAAAAUAUAGAUUCAAUUGGUGACCUCUCUUUCUGUAAAAAUCUGAGAGUUCUGUAUUUAUAUGAUAACCAAAUCAACCAGAUCCAGAACUUGGACUUUGCUUCAAAUAUAACACACCUUUACCUUCAGAACAAUCGUAUUUCAAGUAUAGAAAAUCUCUCAUCACUGAAAAGACUUGAAAAACUCUAUUUAGGAGGCAACUAUAUCACUGUAGUAGAGGGUUUGGAUAAAGUAGGAGAACUAAGAGAGCUACAUAUUGAAAAUCAACAUCUCCCUCUCGGUGAAAAGCUUCUUUUUGAUCCAGUAUCUCUUAACUCCCUGGCAAAAUCUUUGUCUGUAUUGAAUAUCAGCAAUAACAACAUUGAUGAAUUAGAAGAUCUGGCAGUUUUGGAAAAUCUUUCUUAUCUUAAAGCAGUCGACAAUCGACUUAAACAUAUGAAGGAUUUGGAGGUUGUAUUAAAAAAAUGGACAAAGCUACGCAGAAUAGAUCUUACAGGAAACCCCAUCUGCCAAAAACCAAAGUACAAGGAUAGGAUUAUAGUGCAGUCACAGACUUUAGAAUCCCUCGAUGGGAAAGAAAUUCAAGAGAUGGAAAGACGUUUCUUAAUGAAUUGGAAAGCCUCCAGAGCUGCCAGGAGAAAAAGCAAUGAAAGAAUGACAGAUGAACAUGCUGCCCAUGAACAAGCCCAUGAACAAUUUUCUGACUCUGAAACACCUUAUUUUGCUCUUCCUUCUCACCACAGUGACUCUGUGAAAGAAAGAGUAAAUUUUUUAGAUUUGGCUCACAAGUUGAAAGUUGAAAGAAAGCCUCUGCCAAAAAUCCGUGAAAGAAGAAGUCAGGUGAAAACUCAGGUUGAGGAGGAAUCUGAAGUAACAACAGAAGUAGCUUGA